UGAUUUACAAAACUAUGUGUGGGAUGUGAUUGCAGUAUGGAAUACACGGUAGGAAAGGGUUGGGGGUGUGUAUUUGUAUGUUGGAAAAUGUAGGACGUAGGUAGACGCAGUAUGAAGAAUGUUAACAUUUCGGUGUCCGGUGUUGUGUAGUAUGUGGUGUUUGGUGCAGUCUGUGGUGAAGGCACUUGCAGUAAAUAACCUUACAUUGUGAUCACAUAAGCUUUAACUAUGGAUAAAAAGGAUAGUUCAGAACUGUUAUCUGUAAUUAGUUCAAACUCUGAUGAGGCUGUGAAUUCGAAGAAUGCUAGUUCUGAUUCUUUGGGCUCAGAUUCAAAGUCUAGUUCCUUGAAUUCAAAAUUGGGACAAGAUUCGGCAAGUUCAGACAAAGGCUCUCCUUCUAAGAGCUACUGCUCAUCCAGUUCUACUUCAACUGAAAAUGUAGUCUCAACCCUUGAAAGCAAAUUUAAGACCAAAGUGAAUGUAGCUGAAACAGGACCACCUUCUCGUCCUGAUGAUCCUCCACUGUUGCCUGGAGAGAAAGUCCAGGGUGUGGCAAGGGAAGUGACAUAUUUAUGUCCAUACAGUGGACCUGCGAGAGGGGUUCUUUCUGUAACAAAUUACAAGCUGUAUUUCCGCAGCAUGGACCGAGAGACACCAUACGUGGUUGAUGUGCCACUGGGAGUGGUCAGCCGCAUUGAAAAGGUUGGAGGAGCCUCCAGUAGGGGUGAAAAUUCCUAUGGAAUAGAAGUUUUCUGCAAAGAUAUGAGGAAUUUGAGGUUUGCCCACAAACAGGAAAACCAUUCAAGAAGAAAUGUUUUUGAAAAAUUGCAACAUUAUGCAUUUCCAUUAUCACACAAGUUGCCACUUUUUGCGUUUGAGUAUUCAGAAACUUUUACAGAGAAUGGGUGGGCUGUACAUGAACCAAUAGCCGAGCUGAAACGCCUGUCAGUCCCUAAUGACACUUGGAAAAUCUGCAAGCUUAAUGAGAACUACGAGAUAUGUGAUAGUUACCCAGCAGUGUGGGCCGUUCCUGCACAAGCUACAGACGAUGACUUGAGAGCUGUAGCCGCAUUUCGAAGCAGAGGGCGUGUGCCAGUACUGUCGUGGAUACAUCCAGAGAGCCAAGCCACCAUAACACGAUGCUCUCAGCCAUUGGUGGGUGUUGGUGGUAAACGUUCACGUGAAGAUGAGCGUUACAUUCAGCUUAUUAUGGAUGCAAAUGCUCAAUCACACAAACUGUUCAUUAUGGAUGCAAGACCAAGUGCUAACGCAAUUGCCAACAAGGCUAAAGGUGGUGGCUACGAAUCCGAAGAUGCAUAUCAAAAUGCGGAAUUAGUAUUUCUGGAUAUUCACAAUAUCCACGUUAUGAGAGAAUCUCUUCGUAAACUUAAAGAGCUUUGUUUCCCAACCAUAGAAGAAUCAAGAUGGCUUUCAGGUGUGGAAUCAACAUACUGGCUGAAGCACAUAAAAUGCAUUUUAGCUGGUGCUGUGAGAAUUGUUGAUAAAGUAGAAAACCAUAAAACCUCUGUUCUAGUCCACUGUUCAGAUGGCUGGGAUCGCACAGCACAGCUUACAGCAUUAGCUAUGCUAAUGCUGGAUCCAUAUUACCGUACAAUCAAAGGCUUUGAGGUUCUCAUUGAAAAGGAAUGGCUUAGCUUUGGACAUAAAUUCCAGCAGAGAAUUGGCCAUGGUGAUGAUCAUCACUCUGAUGCGGAUAGAUCCCCUGUGUUUCUCCAAUUUAUUGAUUGUGUGUGGCAGAUAACAACACAGUUCCCAAAUGCAUUUGAGUUCAAUGAUCACUUUCUCCUAACUAUACUGGAUCAUCUAUACUCCUGCAGAUUUGGCACAUUUUUGUAUAACAGUGACCGUGAGCGAGUAGCAGAAGGUGUGAAGCAGAGAACUGUGUCACUGUGGUCAUACACUAACUCAAACUUGAAUGAUUACAAGAAUCCACUGUAUUGGGCAGAUAAUCAACAGCAGACAGUAAUUAUACCUGUUGCUAGUAUGCGGCACAUCCAACUGUGGAAGGGUCAUUAUUGCCGCUGGAAUCCUAGCAUGCGGCCACAGGAUCCUGUUUGUCAGCGAACACGUGAACUGCUGGUGUUAAAGGAGCAACUGGAAAAACAAGUAGAAGAGUGUAGGCGUGAACAGCAGUUGAGAGCUGCGCGCACUGCAGCUACACCACCACGACUCUCAUCUCCUGUACACACAUAGAACUUAUUUAAUUGACAUAGAAUGUCAAAUGGUAGUAUAACAACAUUAAUUUAUUGACUGUUUUUCAUAGUUACUGUAAAUGUGCAGUACCUGCUUUAUGGAUUCUAAGUUGUCCGUUGAUCUGUGUAAAUGUUCUUUGGUGUCCAAAAAUGAGAUAUAAAUUGUGUAGUUUUGUACAGUGUUGUUGUUUAAAGAUUACAUGAUUUUUAGAGAU